AUGGCUCCACUAUUUUCAUCUGCAGCCACACCCACAAACACUUCUUCUCCGGCGAACAAUCAAAACCUUCUCGUCGCCACGGAAGAGAUGCAAAGGGCUAACUACUUCACCUUUGUCAUGCUCCUUAAGAUGUCUCAACUUGAUCAAAAAAUCUUAGAAAAUGUCACUUUCUUCAUGCCUAAUGACAGAGCUUUGGCCAAAACCAAUAUGAUUCAGGAAUCCGUCUCUGAUUUCUUGCUUCACCAUUCGAUCUCAUCGGUUUUGCUUUUUGAGCAUCUUCAACGUAUCCCAUCAGGCUCAUUGAUUCCAAGUUCAUUUCCAGAGUACAUGCUCAAUAUUUCCAAUGGUGGGAGGAGGAAUUAUUUUCUCAACAAUGUGAAACUCAUUAGUCCUAAUAUUUGUACUGCAGGCUCUUCGAUUCGAUGCCAUGGCAUAGAUGGUGUGUUACAAUUUGAAGAUAAUAACACAUCUCUUCCUGCUUUCUCCAACAAUUCAAGUCCUGCUGUUGUGGCUGCACCUCUAGAAGCUCCGCGGCCGCAACCGACAUCAGCUCCUCCGACUGAACAAUAUGAUCAGCAGGCUCCUCCGGUGGAUGACUCUAAUCAGGUUCCUGCGGAUGCUUCUCUUCCACCUUAUGUUCACCCACAGAAAUCAUCAGAGUCUUCUAAAGGACUGGCUUACGGAGGAUUACUUCAUUUCUUUGUUACCUUUGCGACGGGGUUAAUAAUGGGAGUCUCUAUAUCGUAA